AAAUCACACACAACAUGUUCAGAUUAGCUGCUGCCUCUACCUUCCGUGCCGUUCGUCCAGUCGUCCGUGCCCAGCCAACCGUGGUUUCCGCCUUCCGUUUCUACGCCGCCGAAGCUUUGACCAAGGAAGCUGUCUCCACCAGAGUCUUGCAAGUUGUUAAGAACUUUGACGGUGUCAAGGCUGCUGAAAUCACUGCUGCCUCUUCUUUCACGAAGGACUUGGGCUUGGACUCCUUGGACACGGUUGACUUGUUGGUGUCGAUUGAAGAAGAGUUCGACAUUGAAAUCCCUGACAAGAUUGCCGACGAAUUAAAGACUGUUGGUCAAACCAUUGACUACGUCGCUGAACAGCCAAACGCUGCCUAAGUCACCGCUUACGCUCAUUGAUUCCCUCCC